CAAAUUAGAUUCUUUGCUCUGCAUUUCCACGUUCAGAGGCCCAUCCUUCUUCUCAUUUUCCUCCAUUAUUCCUCGAUUGUUUACACAGCUCACGAACUCUAGUUAGUAAUAUAAAACGACUGGAGUCAAAAUAUCUUGGAGGCCAUUCACUUGGUCUCCAUUAUUUCCAUUCCCCUAUUAUUCCCAUCUCCCAACAAAAAGGUUUGUUAUAAGACCACUGGAUUUGAAACUUAUUAUGAACCCAUCUGUUUAGCUCUCCCUAUUCCCAACCAAAGGGGAUAAAAGGCCCUCCCCCACCUCUGCUUCUUCCUAAUUCCGCCAGCCAAGAAGCCCCAAUCCCUCGCAUCAAUAGGAUUAAAAAUAAUAAUAAAAAAAAAUCCCGAUAUCUCCCCUUCUUCCCAGCCUUAUCACAUGGAAUAGGAGUGGGUUUUUUUUUAAAAAAAAAAGAGAAAAAGAAAAGAAAGAGCAAGAAGGAGAGAUUGAGAAGGGGAGAGAGAAAGAGAGAGAGAGAAACCCUAGAUAGAUGGGCAUUUCCGAAGCCCAUCGUCUUUUCCCAAUCUCCUCCUCUCCACCACCACCGUCUCUAUUUCGAAGCCUAACCCUUGUUCUCGCUCUCGUCUUCUCCUUUAUCUCUCUGGCCCCCGCGGCCGAUCUCUACGCCCUGGUCUACAAGGGCUGUGCGAAUCACACCUUCGGAGGCGGCGCCGCAUCCCAGCAAGCUCUCAUCAGCCUCACGUCUUCCCUCAUCGCCCAGGCCGCCACCUCCAAGUUCUACAAGACCAGCUCCUCCUCCUCCUCCGGCGGGCAGGCGCUGUUCGGCCUCUUCCAAUGCCGCGGCGACCUCAGCCCCUCCGACUGCUCCGCCUGCGUGGGCCGCGCCGUCUCCAUGUGGAGCUACGUCUGCGGCCUCGCCAUCGCCGCCCGCGUCCACCUCACUGGCUGCUACGCCCUCUACCAGGUCUCCGGCUUCCCCCAGGUCUCGGGCACCCAGAUGCUCUUCAAGACCUGCGGCUUCGGCGGAGGCGGCGGAGGGGACUUCGAGCUGAAGCGCGACACCGCCUUCUCCCAGCUCCAGAGCGGCGUCGCUGGCGGGGCGGGGUUCUACGUGACGAGCUAUGCGUCGGUGUACGCGAUGGCUCAGUGCGAAGGCGACCUCUCUACCGGCGACUGCAGUGACUGCGUAUCCCAGGCCGUCCAAAAGUCGGCGGCGGCGGCGGCGGUGGAGGUCAGCAAACAGGGAAGACCGUUGCGAUAGUGGUGGGAGGCGCAGCAGCGGUGGGGUUUCUGGUGGUCUGCUUGCUGUUUGCCAAGAAUCUGAUGAAGAAGAAAGAUGUUUCUUGAAGCCUGGUGGUAGAGUUUGGGGAAGAGUGUGUGUGAGAAGUGGGACUACAGAGGGGAUUUUGGCGUUUUCCUUUUGGCCAAUGGUGUGUCAUCCAGCAUGUGAGAGGAGCGGGGGCAGGAACCAGGGAGAGAGGAGAAUAAUGGAGGAUUGAUUCAAUCUGGGGCUCACUGUUGGGAGAUGCUGCAUGUUUCAUUGCCAUAGUGUAUAUCUCUGUCUCUAUAUAGGGAUGCCCUACAGACAUUUAUGGGAUUUUUCCAAAAAAUACAUUUCUCUAAAUUUUUGCU